AUGAAGGUAUUUGGAAUGGUAGGACUCUACGUACUUUGCACCUGGAAUGUGCUUGAGGCACAAUCGGGGAAGUUUGUAAGAUGGACGGGCAAUGAUAAGAAACAUGCGGAACAUAUGGAAUUGGCAUCUUCAAUAAAGCAGGGGGAUUCUGUUCACUACGAUGUAGAUUUGUAUCCGUACCAAUACUUUUCUGCACAGUGUCCAUCCGCGAAUGGCAAAGAACCUGGAACGCUCAUGCCAGUUCCAAAUGGAGCUUAUUACGUGCAAAACAGCCUUGUGGAGUCAGACGAAAAGAACCUCAAACGGGAGAGGGAAUCUAAGAAAAUAAAGGAUUCUGUUCCUGAAAUCAAGAUCUUUACAAGAGGAGGCGUUCAUACGUUUUAUUACAGCAAACCUGCAACACGCAAGGAUAUAGUGAGAAUGCACUUUGACUGUGUUUCUAAGGGCGGGACAUCUGAAUCAGAGCUUCUUGCCACGGUACAAAUAAACAUCAUUCCCAAACCUAAAGCCAAACCUGAAGACGAUGUAAUAAUAUUGGACGAUGAGAAGUUUUGGCCGAAAAGCAAGGGUUUGACUUACUUCAAGUUUGUGAGACCGGGAGUUAAUACUGUCACAGAGUGUAAAAACACUUAUGCCCUUGUUAAUUACCGACGUCACUUUUUCCCAUCUCACAUGAAAACAAUAGUCAACCCUGUUACAGGUGUCAAAUACUACGAUAUGACUGAUGUUGUAGUUAAACAGCAACUUUAUGAAAAGAGACACACCAUUGAUUUGGGAGAUGGGAAGAUCGUUAAUGUGGAUGCACGUGGUUUACAAGUAACCUGUGAAAGUAACCCUGGAAAGAAGUUGGUAUAUCUUGCGCCUUACGUGAACACGAUUCCCGGACUGAAUAAUUCCACCAAUAUUGCCACAAAGGUGAACCGUUCUGGAGAGGAGGAAAGUCUGGUUCAAAUUAGAACCGAAGAUGACGCAAAAAUAUUGGUAGACGUACCAGAUGGCAUAUACCCAAAGGACUGUCUCAAUAAAGUUUACCUGGGAAACAAAGUCGUGAAGAUGAGUGACAUUGUGAGGGAUCCAAAACUGACGAGAAUGACCAACUCGCUGAAAAUUUUAGACCUAUCAACAUCGUCGUCAUACAAAACAGUUACGGUCUCGUGCUACACCAAGGUUCCUCAGGAUGACGGUCAUAAAACCACCUGGAUGGAUAUUACAGUCUCUCCCCUAUGCAACUUUUAUGACUCCGAGUCUCUGGACCCCGACAACAAGACAUGCACUCUCUUUUCUUCGGGCACUGUACAGUCGUUGGUGGCUACACCACUUGAGCAUUUUGGAUAUGAUAAUGUUUUGGCAUUCGACGACAAGUUCUUUGAGAGGUCUGAUGACCCUGAGGGGAGCUGCAAGGACUGCUACUACAGGCCUGUCAAGAGCCAAGGCAAUGACAUGUCAGUCUCUGUAAGCAUAGCUGAGGCCAAGCAGAAUAUUACCAUAAAAGAUGGUGCUAUAAGAUUCAACCCAGUUUACAUGUUGAAGAAGGUAGAUGCCGAAAAGAGUGAAGGAAUACUAAACCCAUCUCAGGUGAUGAGGAUGUACCUUCACAACAAGGAGACUGAAAUUGGCAAUGAUGGCAAAGUCAUUGUAAAAGACAAGGUUGAUGAAGGUGGAAAGUCUCUCUUUUACAUGGUACAAGCCGGUGGCAGGAGCAGUAUCAAGAUUUCGUGCAAGGACUUUUUUGAGGAUUCUGGAUCAUCCCAGCCGACCCUGUUCCCAAAUGGGAAGAAUGUCGUCUACAAAAAUGUGAGUGAUGGAUUUAUGGAUCCCAGGACCAUUGAGACUGUGCAAUUCGGAGAGGAGUUUGCAGCUAGAGGAAUCAGCAUACUCAAGAAACCAGAGACUGAUGUGGACCUAGAGAUAGUAUUGGAUCAAGAUAAAAUGAUCAAGGGCGACCAUGUUAAACCGCUCUACUUUAUCUGUAGCCAUGAUGUAAAGGGAGACUGGAAGAAGAGCGGAAAGCCAUAUGCAGUAAUAGCAAUAGACCCAGGAUACAAGUCUCACAAUCUGCCUGGCUGCGGCACAAAGGAAGGUAUUUUUGUAGAUGAGAAUGGUAAGGAUUCUGGAAGAAAAUGCGCUCACACUAUUGACGGUACAAACAGUGUAGGAUUCCACUGUCCAAGCUACGUCCCAGAGCACUUUUUGGAGGGGGACCAGGGAAUGCAUAAAGCAGAUGGUAACAAGGCAACCGAGAACCCAUACCAACUCUUGAUGAGAUGCUAUGACAGGUCCACAAUGGUCCAGAAACUCUUGAGGCCAAAGACAGAUCUGGAACUCUUUCCAAAGCCAAAGUUUGCCGGAGAGCUGAGAUCCCUGUGGAUCUUUAACAAGGACACCUUUGCAGAAAAGGACGUCAAAGAGGUACUCUGCAUUUGCUACGACAAGACUGGAAUGGUUCUCUCCUCCAUCAAGGUCUGGAAUGACACCAAAAAGGUGGAAUGA